AUGUAUCGUGGCAGUGAGUUGUUCAAAUGGGGGGAGUUGCGACUGUUCCGGGUGGUAGAGGCGGAUGAGGAAGGUGAGAUAUUAGGGGUUGCUGUGUGCGAGUGUUUUUCGGCAGGCUGUUGUGAAUGGGAAGAAGCAGAAGCGGCGAUGGAUGGCUAUUGUGUUCGUUGCUUCUAUGUCCGGCGGCGACUGAGGAGUUUUGGGGUGGUGCGGAGGCUGGAUCUUGUGUGUGUUGGUGGCGUUAGGUUGCUCGUUAUUGGGGUGAGGGAGUUUGUUGGUUGGUUGACAGCGUUACAGAAUGAUUUCACGGGAAAUAUUGUAAAUCUUGAAUAUAUUGCUGAAGGAAUUGGUGAAUUAUGUCAGUGGAAGAAAAUGAUGGUACAUCAAAGACACAACGGAUCAUUAUUAAUUUACCAUCAGCAUGAUGAAAAAUGCUUUGGAUACUUAAAUUCAAUCUUGAAACUACACAAAAAUUGGGUUCCCACAAUCUAUCCAACGAAGAUACAUUCACUUCUUUGCUUGGUUGAUACUCUUCAAUGUCUGGGAGUAGAUCGGUAUUUUAACACCGAAAUAAAAAAUGUUCUGGAUGAAACAUACAGGCUUUGGCAACAAAAGAACGAAGAAAUUUUUUCAAACAUUGCGCAUUGUGCAAUGGCAUUUCGACUUUUACGGAUGAGUAACUAUGAAGUCUCCUCAGAAGAACUUGCAGAAUUUGUCGAUGAAGAAUAUUUCUUUGCAACAAAUGGGAAACUUAAAAGUCAUGUUGCAAUUUGUGAGCUCCACAAAGCUUCACAGUUGGCUGUAGAUGAGAAAGAUCACAUUUUGGAUAAAAUUAGCUAUUGGACAGGAAUAUUUAUGGAGCAAAAACUCUUAAAUAAUGACUUCCUUGACACGAAGUCAAAAAAGGAGGUGGAACUUGCUUUGAUGAAAUUUUAUGUCACAUAUGAUCGUGUGGAAAAUAGACGAUAUAUCCAGUCAUAUGAAGAGAACAAUUUUAAAAUUUUAAAAGCAGCUUAUAGGUCUCCCAGCAUUAACAAUAGAGACUUGUUAAUAUUCUCAAGAAACGAUUUCGACUUGGGCCUAGCGAGAUACCAAGAAGAACUUCAACAGCUCAAGAGGUGGUACGAAGAUUGCAGAUUAGAGCAAGUGGGAUUGCCACAAGAGUACAUUUACCGUUCUCACUUAAUUAGUAUAGCUGUACUCUUCAAUGAAUUCUCUGAUGCUCGUCUUAUGUAUGCAAAAUACACCAUGUUCCUGACUUUGAUCGAUGAUCUUUUCAAUGUUCUUGCUUUAAAAGAUGAACUGCUCAACAUCAUCGAAUUAGUAGAAAGGUGGGAUGCAUAUGAAAGUAUUGGUUUCCUUUCAGAGAGGGUUAAAAUUUUCUUUUCAGCUUUUUACAAUACAAUGGAGGAUCUUGCAGCAAAAGCAGAAAUUAGGCAAGGUCGAUCUGUCAAAGAUCACCUUAAUAACUUGUGGGUUGAAGUGUUGAAGUGCAUGCUGGUACAACGACUUGAGUGGUGGACAAGCAAUAGAACGCCAAGCGUAGAAGAGUAUUUGUCUGCUACCUCUGUAUCUUUUGGGGCUAAAUGCGUUAUUCUCACAACACAAUACUUUGUUGGAAUAAAAAUUCCUAAGGAUCUUUUAGGUAGUGCUGAUGCUGAAAUUCAUGGCUUAUGCAAUUGUGCUGGUACACUGAUGCGGCUACUUAAUGAUUUACAAAGUUACAAGAGAGAACGAGCAGAGAGAACAUCAAAUUUAGUGUCGGUGCUAAUGAUGCAAAGUCCAGGAACAAUCUCUGAAGAAGAGGCUAUAAGGCAAGCAAAGGAAAUGGUGGAAAUUAACAGAAGAAAGCUGCUACGAAUGGUUGCAAGGAAAGGGAACCAAUUACCUCAAGUGUGCAAAGAUCUUUUUUGGAGGACAGCCAAAGCGGCUCAUUUUGUUUAUUCACAUCGCGAUGAGUAUCGUUCUCCCAAGGAAAUGAAGAAUCAUAUCAAUGACGUGAUUUACAAACCGCUCUAUCGCGCGAGAUCUACGCUAUUUACUUAGCAUUAUUGGCGGAGUUUAACGUGUAUUAUUG